CCUCUGCGGACUGCGGACUGCGGCCCGGGCCGCGGAAGUCCCGCCCCCGGAAGUCCCGCCCCCGGCGUCGAGCGCCCGCCGAUUGGCCGGGACGCACGCGACGUCACCGCGUCCGCCACGCCCCGGUUAGCGCGGGACCGGUCCUGGCGAUGGCGGUGGCGGCGCGGGCUCUCACGCUGCCGGCAGUGGUGGAGGAGUUGUUGAGCGAGAUGGCGGAGGCGGCGCGGGACGGCGCGCCGAUUCCUGAUGAGCAUUUAUUAUCGCUGAAGUUUGUCUUUGGCUCAUCAGCCGUCCAGGCCUUGGACCUUGUUGAUCGCCAGUCCAUCACCUUACUUUCAUCACCCAGUGGGAGGCGUGUUUACCAGGUACUUGGAAGUUCCGGUAGAACAUACGUGUGUUUGGCCUCUUGUCAUUACUGUUCGUGUCCGGCAUUUGCCUUCUCAGUGCUGCGGAAGAGUGACAGCCUCCUGUGCAAGCACCUCUUGGCAGUUUACCUUAGUCAGGUUAUGAGGACCUGUCAGCAGCUGAGCGUCUCUGACAAGCAACUGACUGAUGUAUUAUUGAUGGAAAAGACACAAGAAGCAUCAUAACUGGCGCAGCUGGAGCAUCACUGGCUUUCAACGUAGGAUCCUGUCCAGAGACGCACGCAGCCUGUCGCGCGUGGCUCACGCGGCGGGGACGUGAACCAGGCUCCUUGUCACCGUCCCGUCCCCGCUGGGCUGCAGGAGGCAUUGUGCGUUGGGCCCAGGACGUGUGUAUGGUUUGAAGCCCUCGUGAAACGUCUGAACCAGCCUCCAAGCCCCUUGGGUAGAAAAUUUCCAGAUGGAAUCAAGCGUUUGAGACUCGAAAGCCUAUCAUCAUGUCAUGGUUAUAAUUAGUCAGAUUCUUAAGUGACUAAGAGUACUAGUCAUUUUUUUUUUUUUUAAUCACUUUUUUUUUUAAAGUUACCUACUUUAUUUAUUUAUUUAUUUA